AUGCGAUGCAGAGCGGAGAUUCGUCCUCUGACAGGGUCUUCCAAGCUGAGAAGGAGUUCGACACAUCCGACAUUCCGACUUCUCGGAAUCGGAAGCCUAGCUAGAAGUAAACCACUGCUAAGAUUCACCACCGUCUUAGCAAAAUGUCGCAAUGUAGCUCCCAGAUCCAUAGUUGGGCGACGACCUGUGGUGAAAGCUAAGCUCGCCGUGGCAUGGUUGCUUAGUCUGGGGAAGUCUUUUUGCCGUUCCAACAUAUUCACUGAGCCCAGCGCAUUGGGCCCUACCGUCUCAGACGUCGGACUGUAUGACGACCGACUGUGUACUUACAACACGAAAACAUUGUCCACAGACGCUGACCUGCAUGCCCUUCUCGGAGCUGCAGAGCGUAUCAAAUUUCACGUGAUUGCUCUGCAAGAGACCAAGUGCAGAAGGAGCGACGUACGUGAAGCCUGUGCACUAAUGCGACCGUGA